AGGGCUGAAUCGUCGACCUGGCAGGUAGCCUGCUCCAGCCGACUCCGCCCACGUAAGGUGCAAGGUUUACGCAUCAGAGCCGGGAAGCCACAAUUUCAAAUUCUCUUUUAUUGCUUUAUGUCCCUGACUCAUGCAGGCCAAAGGGUGAGGAGGAGUAAUAGCCAACAAGAGCGUCCUGCAGAAAGAAACAGCCUGCGUGGGUCGGGAGGAGCUUAAAAGGAAGAACCCGACCAAGAGGCAGGAGACCUGGCUCUCCAGGUCGCUGAGGCUUGGAUGCCCAGCCAGGCGGAGUGCGGGGCGGGGCCUCCCGGGCCGCGAGGUGGGGCCUCCCGGGCCGCGAGGUGGGAGGCGAGCUCCGCCAGCCCAGCCCACUGCAGACAGGUUACCCAGGACCUCAAGGUGUGCUGCGUCACCCCGCCCGCGCUGCGCUGAUUGGUUCCUCCAGGGAGCCCCCGCCCCCUCAGCUGUAACCGGGCCGGCUUCGGUGUCGCCGCCAUCUUUGUUGAUGUGUCAGCUCCGUAGGGGUUUGGGGAAGCGGCGGCUGAGUGAGGCGUCGGCUGUGUUUCUCACCGCGGUCUUUUCCUCCCACUCUUGGCUGGUUGGAGCCCGCUAUGGAAAGGUUGACCCCCGAGCCAGAGCUCCAGCAGCCUCGUUAGGGUGUGGCCUGAGGCUUGGAUAAGUGGGAUGUAAAACGAAGAUCAGGAGCAGAUUUGAAGAAUUACAAAGUGAAUUGGUGCCAGUCAGCAUGUCAGAGACAGACCACAUAGCCUCUACUUCCUCUGAUAAAAAUGUUGGGAAAACACCUGAAUUAAAGGAAGACUCAUGCAACUUGUUUUCUGGCAAUGAAAGCAGCAAAUUAGAAAAUGAGUCCAAACUAUUGUCAUUAAACACUGAUAAAACUUUAUGUCAACCUAAUGAGCAUAAUAAUCAAAUUGAAGCCCAGGAAAAUUAUAUUCCAGAUCAUGGUGGAGGUGAGGAUUCUUGUGCCAAAACAGACAUAGGCUCAGAAAAUUCUGAACAAAUAGCUAAUUUUCCUAGUGGAAAUUUUGCUAAACAAAUUUCAAAAACAAAUGAAACAGAACAGAAAGUAACACAAAUAUUGGUGGAAUUAAGGUCAUCUACAUUUCCAGAAUCAGCUAAUGAAAAGACUUAUUCCGAAAGCCCCUAUGAUACAGACUGCACCAAGAAAUUUAUUUCAAAAAUAAAGAGCGUUUCAGCAUCAGAGGAUUUGUUGGAAGAAAUAGAAUCUGAGCUCUUAUCUACGGAGUUUGCAGAACAUCGAGUACCAAAUGGAAUGAAUAAGGGAGAACAUGCAUUAGUUCUGUUUGAAAAGUGUGUGCAAGAUAAAUAUUUGCAGCAGGAACAUAUCAUAAAAAAGUUAAUUAAAGAAAAUAAGAAGCAUCAGGAGCUCUUCGUAGACAUUUGUUCAGAAAAAGACAAUUUAAGAGAAGAACUAAAGAAAAGAACAGAAACUGAGAAGCAGCAUAUGAACACAAUUAAACAGUUAGAGUCAAGAAUAGAAGAACUUAAUAAAGAAGUUAAUGCUUCCAGAGAUAAACUAGUAGCUCAAGACGUUACAGCUAAAAAUGCAAUUCAGCAGUUACACAAAGAGAUGGCCCAACGGAUGGAACAGGCCAACAAGAAAUGUGAAGAGGCACGCCAAGAAAAAGAAGCAAUGGUAAUGAAGUAUGUAAGAGGUGAGAAGGAAUCUUUAGACCUUCGAAAGGAAAAAGAGACACUUGAGAAAAAACUUAGAGAUGCAAAUAAGGAACUUGAGAAAAACACUAACAAAAUUAAGCAGCUUUCUCAGGAGAAAGGACGGUUGCACCAGCUGUAUGAAACUAAGGAAGGUGAAACGACUAGACUCAUCAGAGAAAUAGACAAGUUAAAGGAAGACAUUAACUCUCACGUCAUCAAAGUAAAGUGGGCACAAAACAAAUUAAAAGCUGAAAUGGAUUCACACAAGGAAACCAAAGAUAAACUCAAAGAAACAACAACAAAAUUAACACAAGCAAAGGAAGAAGCAGAUCAGAUACGAAAAAACUGUCAGGAUAUGAUAAAAACAUAUCAGGAGUCAGAAGAAAUUAAAUCAAAUGAGCUUGAUGCAAAGCUUAGAGUCACAAAAGGAGAACUUGAAAAACAAAUGCAAGAAAAAUCUGACCAGCUAGAGAUGCAUCAUGCCAAAAUAAAGGAACUAGAAGAUCUGAAGAGAACAUUUAAGGAGGGUAUGGAUGAGUUACGAACACUGAGAACAAAGGUGAAAUGUCUAGAAGAUGAACGAUUAAGAACAGAAGAUGAAUUAUCAAAAUAUAAGGAAAUUAUUAAUCGCCAAAAAGCUGAAAUUCAGAAUUUAUUGGACAAGGUGAAAAUUGUAGAUCAGCUACAGGAGCAGCUUCAGAGAGGUAAGCAAGAAAUUGAAAAUUUGAAAGAAGAAGUGGAAAGUCUUAAUUCUUUGAUUAAUGACCUACAAAAAGACAUCGAAGGCAGUAGGAAAAGAGAAUCUGAGCUGCUGCUGUUUACAGAAAGGCUCACUAGUAAGAAUGCACAGCUUCAGUCUGAAUCCAAUUCUUUACAGUCACAAUUUGAUAAACUUUCCUGUAGUGAAAGUCAGUUACAAAGCCAGUGUGAACAAAUGAAACAGACAAAUAUUAAUUUGGAAAGUAGGUUGUUGAAAGAGGAAGAACUGCGAAAAGAGGAAGUCCAAACUCUGCAAGCUGAACUCACUUGUAGACAAACAGAAGUUAAAGCAUUGAGUACCCAGGUAGAAGAGUUAAAAGAUGAGUUAGUAACUCAGAGACGUAAACAUGCCUCUAGUAUCAAGGAUCUCACCAAACAACUUCAGCAAGCACGAAGAAAAUUAGAUCAGGUUGAGAAUGGAAGCUAUGACAAAGAAGUCAGCAGCAUGGGAAGUCGUUCUAGUUCAUCAGGGUCCCUGAAUGCUCGAAGCAGUGCAGAAGAUCGAUCUCCAGAAAAUACUGGGUCCUCAGUAGCUGUGGAUAACUUUCCACAAGUAGAUAAGGCCAUGUUGAUUGAGAGGAUAGUUAGGCUGCAAAAAGCACAUGCCCGGAAAAAUGAAAAGAUAGAAUUUAUGGAGGACCACAUCAAACAACUGGUGGAAGAAAUUAGGAAAAAAACAAAAAUAAUUCAAAGUUAUAUUUUACGGGAAGAAUCAGGCACACUUUCUUCAGAGGCAUCUGAUUUUAACAAAGUUCAUUUAAGUAGACGGGGUGGCAUCAUGGCAUCUUUAUAUACAUCCCAUCCAGCUGACAAUGGGUUAACAUUGGAGCUCUCUUUGGAGAUCAACCGAAAAUUACAGGCUGUUUUGGAGGAUACGUUACUAAAAAAUAUUACUUUGAAGGAAAAUCUACAAACACUUGGAACAGAAAUAGAACGUCUUAUUAAACACCAGCAUGAGCUAGAACAGAGGACAAAGAAAACCUAAAACAAGCCUCUUGCUCAGUAAAGAGACAAAAGCCACACAGGAGUAGGUGCCACUGACCUCCAUUGUUGGAAACUUUCUUCCACUUUUUGUUUCAGCCAGUAAAAAUAUUGUUUUGCUUCAUCUGUACACAAAAAAUGUCCUUUUACAAUAUGAAUGCAUUGCUGUAUAUACUGUAAGACUGAAAGCUUUGAUGAAAUUUGUUUUUGUAUGGUACAAUAUAACAGCCUGUCAUUGAAUCUAAACAACUUAAUUUGCUUGUAUUCAUAAGAAGUGUUGAACAUUACAAGGGCUUUUAUAAAAAACCCUUUGUUCAUAUUUCUUCCCUUUAAAAUAUGUAAUGUCAAAAAUGACUCACCUUUUAAAAAUUAUGCAUGAAAAGAGAGGUGGUCAACAUUCAGUAAUACGCUAUUUCUCCAACAUCAAGACAACUAAAACAAAUGAUAAAAAUGUUUAUUUUUACACUCCAGCAUAUUGGGUGAGUUUUAGGGAUGUGUAUGAAUACUUAAAUCUUUUAAUUUCAGUUUUAAUGAAAGCUGAACUUAAUAGGAAAGCUAGCUGUUGGUAACUAGCAAUGAUCAGGCAUUGUUUGCCUCUGUCAGGUUUUCUUGUCUGUUUUAGGUACAUUUUUUCAGAUUCUGAUUGUUUGAGUUAAUGGUUGAAUUUUUAAAGUUUUUAGUUAUUUAAAAUAUGAUUUAAAAUUACAUAUUAAUUUAGAAAAUUCCUGUAGAGUUUACUUAUAUUUUAAAUUGUGAAGUGGAUCCAAUCAUUAGAACAGAGAGAAUAGUUCUUUGAAACUGAAAUACUUUAGUUUUACUGACCUUGUGUAAAGAUAAAUAUUUAUGAAGAACCAGCUUCCAAAAGAAACCAGCAUAUGGCACUAUGAACUAUUUCAUUUGAGCACCAUUCUUUACCAUGGAUAUAGUAAUUAUGUAUUAUAGUGGAGUGAUCAUGCAGUUCCCCCAAAUGUGAUGUUUCAAUGUAUUUAUUUAAAACAUAAAGUAGACCGGGUGCAGUAGCUCUUGCCUGUAAUCCCAGCACUUUGGGAAGCCAAGGCAGGAGGAUUACCUGAGGCCAGGAGUUUAAGACCAGCCUUGGCAACAUAGCGAGACUCCCAUCUCUACAAAGAAACUUUGAAAGAUUAUCCAGACAUGGUGGUGCAUGCCUAUAGUUCCAGCUACUCGGGAGGCUAAAGCGGUAGAAUCACUUGAGCACAGGAGGUCAAGGCUGCAGGUGAGCCAUGAUCAUGCCACUGCACUCCAGCCUAGGCAACAGAGCAAGACCCUGUCUCUUAAAACAAAAAACCUCACACAUACCUAAAAUAAGUAUAUAUCUGUAACCAAAGGAACUUAAUUUUAAAGCCAAAUUUUUCUGUCUUGUUGGAUUUUUUACAAUGUUUAUUUAAGAUAUACACUGAAGUGUUGCCAUAGUGUCAAUAUUUCUAUGUAAUUGAAUUUUACCCCUUAUUAUUUCUCACUUACAUUUUCUGAGCAUGAUUUUUCAUAAUUCAUUAUCUUCAGAUCAUUGCUAUAAUAAGAUACCUUGGCUCUUGUGCAGAUAUUGCAGCAAGCCUUGUUUGGUUUGGAGUUUUGCAUCCCUUUUUCUCCCAUUAAGGGAAUUAAGUUUUGGGAUGAUGGAUUAAAAGCCUGUAAAGAAUUAUAUGGGCUCUAAAUGUAUUUCAACUCUAAAAAAAAAAAAAAAAAAAAAAGAAUUAUAUGGGCUCUAAAAGUUGGGCUCAUGGUGGCAAUAUCCUUUUAAUGUGUUUUAACAUUUUUUAAUCAACAUUGUUUAAAAAUAAUUUACUAAGGAUUAGAUUAUUUAAUGAAUGUCAUUUUUUCUAUAUAUUGAAUUAGAUGUUAUCCCAAAACAAAUAUCUUUUCACUUCAAAAUGAAAAUAUAUGUUCAAAGAUGUUUUAUUUUUAGAAUAGUUAUAAAAAGUAUUAGUCUUAACAUAAUGUGUCUUGUUCUUUUUACCAAUAAUAAUUUAUCAAAAUAAGAGGGAAAGUGCAAUCAAAUCUGAAUUAUUUUACUAUUUGUUUCUAGACACACUACUUAACACUCCUAAAGACUACUUUGAGUAGGCAGCAUAACUAAAUUUUUCUAGUUUCUUAUGAUACAGGUUCAUAAACUACAAUAUUUGGAUUUUUUCCCCCAAGGCACAAAAUGUAUAAUGGAGACCAAAUAGUGAUCAGAUCCAUAGUAUCCUAUGCCUAUACACUUUAAAAUAUAUAUACAUUUUAGACAAAAAUGCACACUCCAGUAUUAAUAUUUGUGCUACCAUCUACUUGGAGAAGUUUAAUGAGAAAGUUUUAGAAGAAAACUAUUACAAACAAUAUUUUGACUCUAUUACCUGUUUUGCCUUAUACAUUUUAGAAACUAUGGAAAUUUUUUAAAGAAAAUGCUUUAGUUUUCUUUUGUUCUUCACUGUCUACCGUGUGCUUUUGUAUGUGGAUCAGGACUGAGCAAAGUAAUUACAUGUAUCAGAGAUACUUAUCUCUAUACUAAUUCACAGACAGCUCCUGAUGUAAGGAUUUAGAGGGCCUUCUGCCCUCCAAAUAUAUGGUGAGAAGAAUAGGGUAUCUGGAAAAGGAAAAUGAUCUGAAUAAAUGUGAGACCUGGGGGGAGGUUUGUUUUAUAUGUUCAUUAUUGGUUGUUGCAUAUCAAGGCUGUUUUGGUUAUUUAGCAAUAUUUUGGUUUAUUUGAGCUGGAAGUGAUUUUUUCUGUGUAUUUAUAUGUAUACACUUCAAUAGGUUUUAAUUUUGAAGUGAAUAUUUGCCGUGACUGCAUUUUCCCCAUACCACUUCAGACUUUAGCCUGUUUAGUUUUAAGGACUGAAAAUGGUAGGUUUGGGCAGAAGAAUGAAUUUGAACUUUGAUGGAGUUUUUUUGUUUUUACUUUCUAUCUUCAUAACCAUUUAAAGCAAUUUAGCUUGAAAUUAAAUUUUAUCAGGCUACCAACAUGUUAUUUAUUUAUUUAAUAAACACAUUUAUUGAAAACCUAUACUAUUGUAUUGGCACCAUACAGGGUAUUGUGUUUAUACUAGUGAGCAGACCAGGGCAUUUCCAUCCUCAUGGAGUUCAUGGUCUGAUGAAAAUAGCUGGGGCCAGGUGUGGUGGCUCACCCCUGUAAUCCCAGCACUUUGGGAGGCCGAGGUGGGAGGAUUGUUUGAGCCCAGGAGUUUGAGACCAGCCUGGGCAACAUGGCAAAACCCCAUGUGUACAAAAGAUACAAAAAAUUAGUUGGAUGCAGUAGCACAUGGCUGUGGUCCCAGCUACCCAGGAGGCUGAGUUGGGAGAAUCAUCUGAGCCUGGGAGGUUGAAGCUUGCAGUGAGCUAUGAUUGCCACUGUACUCUAUACUCAAGCCUGGGUGACAGAGUGAGACCCUGUCUCAAAAAAAAAAAAAAAGGAAAGAAAAUAGCUAGGAGACAAUCAGAGCAGAUCUUGGGCUUCUGUGGCUCAUCUCAGCCCUUUAUAACUGGCCUGCGAAGAGGGUUUAUCUACUGGUGCAAGUGGCCCAGAAAUCUCACUCUUACAUGAGGCUUUGGAAAAUCCUUGCGAAGGUACGCUGAGAGCAAACUACUGUUUUCCUGCUGGUUCUGCACGUUUCCUAACUUUUAUCAUAGUUUGAUUUUCCUUAUUUAAGAAAAAAUAAAAAAAAAAUCCAAAGACCAUAAAAUGGCAUUAGAUUUUUUGCCAUUAAAUUAUUAAUGCCUAUUUGGUGCUCAUAAAGAUUAAUCAUGUCACGCAUGUUUCCAAACUUUCUUUUGCAGUAUAUUAUUUUCUAAAAAUUGUUACAUGCAAAUUUAAACCAAGAUUUAUCAGUAAAAGAAAAAAAUAGAAUCCUUAAUAAUGUAAAUGUUAUUAUAUAUGCUACCCUGGUGAAAAUAUUUUUAUAAAUCAUGUUGUCAUUUAUGCUUUAUGAAUGUUGACUCCAGUAGCCUAUUUUUCAAUAACCUUUUUUUUAAAAGCAAUUUUUUUUGACACCAAGAUUGUUGAUUUUUAAUUAACACCAGUUGGUGGCACUAGAAACCUGAAAUUUUUCAAGGAUGAACAAAGAAAAAUUGAAAAGGUAAUCUAAACAUGGAGAAUUUUUAGGAAAAUAAAUGAAAAAUAUAAUUGUAUAUUAGAGAUGUAUUUUUCUUCUGGAAUGGAAUUCUUUUUUUAAAAUGCAAAUGGCUAUCCAUUUUGACAGCAGUGAUGAAACUUGUUUAUCUUCCAGAGGACAUAUAUAUGUGUGUGUGUAUGUGUAUUGUACAGAUAAUCUUUAAUUUGAUUACACUGUUUCUUGUAAAUAUGUUUCUGUAUAAAAUGAAGCUUUUCAAGAGGAUUCUAUGUAUAUAUUGUACUCAUUAAAUAGGUAAUGCCUAUUUACCAA